GCGCGCCAGGACGAUGCGUGUGGCAGACAACCUCGGGCGUUUGGUCGUAUAGAUUGAAGCAGUUGUAUCUCGACUUCACUGUUGCCCACACCUGAGAGAGCCAACGCUGUGUUUAGGGGUACCCUCGGGCUGAAACAGGCGCUUACACCUGUAGAAGAAUAGAUUUGACAUCGUGAUCGCACGCUGGAGACAAUUAGUUGAGUUCAAAAGGACACAUUGUGUUGUCAUUCUGACCGGACGAACGAGGUAUACUGACCGAGGAGAGCCGCUUUCAUUGCAUUACAGGUGGGAGCGUCUAGGGACAGGCAGAUUGCGACAUCGUGAGGCUACCUGGCCCAGGUUUGUCAGCGACACCUAACCUGAAAGUGAAAGGGAACAUUCCUCCCUGCGCUACAGAACAGGGGGAGCGUCUCAAUGAACCUGGCAGAGCGUGGCUGAAACGAACAAGCUUAGCAACUGGGCAGACAGAUCCGCCCGCCGCAGCUGAACGGCUGACUAUUGAAGUCCUCUACAGUCUUUGAACAGGCACAGAGGUAGCUGGGAGCCCUCGCUUGGCUAGGUCGGCAGUAUAUCUUCAGUGUUGUUAACGCUCGAGUGACGGUUGGCAACUCGCCCCGCCAGGUUGGAUGAGAGGAGGUAGUUGACUACCGAAGGCCACAGCGAAAGGCCGGACUAGUUACAGUGUGAACUUUGAUUGUGCUGAUUGGAUUUAAUCAUGUCAUUAUUCUCAGGAAACAGGACAAAAGACUUGUUGUCUAAAAAGGCCAACUUCUAUGUUGAGUUUCUGGGGUGGAUGGAGACGAAUGGUGUCCGUGGUGAAAGGUACACGGAGCCGGUGGUGAAAGUACUCCGCCAGAGACAACAAAAUGUGGAAAGACCUCCCAAACUGACCAUCCAGGUCAGUAAGAAGGAGGUCAAGAUCAGUCAGGAUGUGGAGGAGAAGAAGAAGAGGAGUAUUAAGAAGAUAAAGUUCCCGACUAUUCCUUCCCGGGAUGUGACGUUCGCUGUUCAGUCAAUCCAACCGGACGGACGGCCAGAUGACACAGUGGCCAUCAUCUACCUCGGGUAUAUGCCGCGGACCCAGCGCUACGUCCAUGCCCACGUGUACAGAUUCGACGAAGCUGCAACGGCUGCAACCUUUGUGGAUAUGAUUAACCAAAUCACGGACGUGAACGCCGUGAGGAUCAGACAGGUUGAGAAGGACUUAGCCGAGAAGGGGCAGAUUGAGGACCCACGCCGUCAAAUGGUAGGUUUGAAUAACUCUGAUGGGAUGAGCGACCCUCAACAUUCUGUUGAGUCCCCCGCUGACUCCGCCGCCAGUAACAGCUCCUUCAGCGACGACUCUCCCCAUUUCGGUAGCGAUGAAAUUGACCCUGACCUUCAGAGCUUGUCAGACGUGCAACAUUUUGAUUCUGUGACAGAUGAACUUCAAUUCAGGUUAAAAAUCGGGGAUGCUCCGCUCUUGCUUCCGCCUAAAGACUAUGAUACCGUGCACAGACAGCAUGGGAAUUUGGCUGGGACGAAGGAACGACGGUGUUUGAAUAUGGAUAUUAUUGGUGGUCGGGAGCGCAACGGGUCAGGUGAGAGUGGAAUAGACUUGAACUCACCCACUAGUGACACUGGUAGCAAGCUACCUGAAUAUACAGAUGGAUUUGAUAAAAAUAUGCCUGUUAACCCUAUUGCUCCUGAAUUAAGACAAGAGUUCACCUACCCCUUUCCAUCGCCAACCAGUCCCCUUAACAACAGAAGGAGUGUCAGCUCAAGAGACCUGGAUAGCCCUAGGAGUUCUCGGGAGUUCAACGGCUACGGCCCUAACAGUCCUUCUCUCCGUCGCAAUGACGUCUUUCAUCGUCAACACAGUACCGAGAACUACAGCGACAUGGGAAGCCCUGGACUGCGACGACAUGAGGGGUUGAAGAAGUCGUCAAGCUAUAACCACUACGCGUCCGAGAGCAACGUUCAUGGUCGGCUUAACCCAACCCACAACGGCGACAGCGGCCCAAACAGUCCCCGCAUGGUCGCGCACGGUCGUCAGACGUCCCAGUCGUCCAUGUACAGCAGCAACAGCUACAAGAGCGACGGCUCCAGAGGAAGCCGAGGGAGCAACGAACGAGAGGAGGUAAUCUACCCGUCAGUCGAGGACACCCCCCCAGCUGAUUAUGACAAAACCAUGGGCCCAGAAAUGAGGAGGAAGGUUUUAGCCGCUAAUUCAGAAUACAUGACACGGGAGGAGUUGACUAAAAGUUAUCCUCAGACGGAGUUGAGACGGGAGCUCCUCGCCGUGUCAGCAGGGGGACAAAGGGAUCUAAGGAGAUCCCAGAAUAUGGGGAAUGACGUUCAAUAUAUGGAUGCAUACGACCCCAGAGUAAAGAGGGGGAAUUCCAUGUACAGGUGAAGUGUAGAAAGCUACUAAUGUAUUUUUAACGAACACGUACACGUAUUGGUCUCACCGUUUAUUAACCCUGACCUAAGAAGAAAUCUCGUGUGUGACUAUUGUGUGGAGCGUGUACACAAUGAUGACGAAACUGUACAGUUGUGUACGAACAAGUUACAUUCUCAGGAUAUAUGGCAGUGUGGGAAGUGUUCUGUAAAUAAUUGAAGUGCAGCUUGUAAAAUCACUUACAAAGACGUAUUUAUAUAUUCACAGAACAUAAUGUGUAUAUAGUUACAUAUUCUGCUAAAAUCAAAACAUCCUACACAGGGAAUUCCAUAUUAUAUAAAAGUGACUUGAGAAACGUUUGAAAAGAAUGUGUGUGAUUGGGUAACGUAUUCGCGCGGACGUCAGAGAAGACAAUGUGUAAAAAUGAACACAGCAGCGGUUCACCUGGACCAUUUGUAGGACAUUGUUCGACCCUAGCUGGUUGAAGGACCAUUAGGCGUCAUGCACAGGACCAGAAGGGUUAACAAUCCCACCAGUGAAGGGGUUAAUCAACUUGAAGACGCCAUUCUCAACCAAGCUGAACAGACCAGACUGUUUAUGUAAUGUGUUUUGUCCGUACUGCAAUUUGACUUCUUUAUGACGAUAGCACGGGACUAAGUUGGACAGGCUGAGAUUUAGCCUCGAGUUGAAACCUCCACUAAUCUCAGAUCAAACUAAUCUAACAAGUGAAUCAUUCCCGGCUCCUUGUACUCAAAGGGAUAAUCGUCAUAUUAAAUCACGAGAUUUGGAAGCCGUCAGCGUGUAAGAUCACGAGGCGUGCAAACACCCGGCAAACAGAUGCGUCGAGGCAGAGUUGCUUUAAGACAGACUAUAACUAGAACGUCCCGUGAAGGACUUGGAAGAUUUGAAUGGUUCAUUAGCAACCUGGGACAGUGUCUGAGACUGACUCUGAACUCAAAUUUAUUUAUUACUCAACGAAAUCGUUGACGUGCCGUUGAGAAAUGGCAACUAUUAUUUAUGUGUGUUAAAGACUUAACCUAUGUACAUAUACACAGACUGAUUACAUAUACACAUAUACCGUCUUUCAGUAACGCGUUGCACUGUAUAAUACUCUGAACAACCUAGAUCGUCUAACUAUGUAUAGUCUCAUAAAUCGAAAAGGAAUGCUUUAACUAUCAUGAAGUGAAACAAUACAUUGUGAAAAGCUAUUUACCUUUAGAGGGGGACAACUGUCCUGUUACCUGUUAAUCCUAUCAACUUUGUUGGCCGUUUUAGCUCAGAUUUUAUAAGGUACAUCAAGUGAUAUGAACAAAACAAUUAACGAUUACACGGUGACAGCUAUUGUCCCAAUCUCGAUCAAGUAGCCUAGUGGUUAAAGCGUUCGCUCGUCACGCCGAGGACCCGGGUUCCAUUCCCGACAUGGGUGCAGCGUGAAGCCCAUUUCUGGUGUGCCCCGCCGUGAUAUUGCUGGAAUAUUGCUAAAAGCGGCGUAAAACCAUACUCACUCAUCUUUUGACCUGAACUAGAACACGGCGCCAACAGUCCUUCUAGAAGGUUAGUUUUAUAAAUGUUUGAUUUAUCGAUCUUUCUGUUAUUGAUUAUUUGUUAGAUAUCUGAAACAGUCCAGAGGCAUUGCAAUAUGCGAGUUUUGCAUUGGCAAACUAACCUGUUACACUGUGACAUUGUAUAAACAUCAUUGAUCACA